GAGUGGACACAGGGCCAGGUAAGCCUGGUGCCGGCCAGGGCCUGGGGCCCAGGGCCACCGGGAGCAGCAGCAGCAGCAGCAGCCCCCCCCCCCGGGGCGAGGAGCCACCUGAGGCCGAGGCCGAGGGCCUGGCACGGGGCAGAGGCAGGGGAAGCCAGCGGGCAGCCCGGAAGAUGCCCCUGCGACGGCGGCCCGGGCUGCUGGGUGGUCGCCGCCCACGCAAAAGAUGGCCUGGGACGCCGGGCGCCCGCCCCUGGGCGUGUUCGAGUGCCAGCUCUGUGCCCUGACGGCCCCCUACAGCUACGUGGGGCAGAGGCCCCCCGACACCCAGUCUGUGCUCCUCCUGGAGCAGAGCUAUGUCGCGAAGGACCCCUUCAGCCCCGACAGGGACAGGUUCCUGGUGCUCGGCUCCAGGUGCAGCGUGUGCGGCCGGCUGGUGUGCGUGGGCCCGCACGCACUGGUUGCCGUGCGGGACAAGCCGGGGGAGGCCGCGGGCCUGGGGGAUGCGGCUGCCGUGCGGGCGUCUCCAGCAGCAGGGUGCACCCUGUGA